UAGACAGCCGCGGUGAGAAGCGCACGCCAGCGCCGCCUGCCGGCCGCAUAGAAAACUAAAUAUGAAAUUCGAAAUUAAAGUGUACAUAACAUUGUGACAGCCUAGUGAUAGUGUGGUGUGAUUUUUUUCUUUUUAAGUGAUUUUUUUACUGUAUAAAAAUAUAUGAAUUUUUGAUGUGCGUUUGGCAGUGCCGCAUAGAGCCCACAGAACCUCCUAAACACAGAUAAAAAGACUUCACAUAUCAUCGUGCUUUUGCGUCCUGGAUUCUAGAAUUUGGUAAUCCGCAACCCGGCGCGGGUUGGCAGUAAAACGGCGGUCAACGCCACGAUAGAUACGAUUCCCUCACCGCGAGAUGCCGCCGCCGGGGAUAUUUAGCGAGCUAGAAGACGACUACAUAGAGGUGAUGUCGAGGAGAGGACAGAGUCGGUCACCAUAGCCCAUACUGACUGUUCUGUACACGAGACCAGAGGGGAGGAUUUGUCGCCAGAGAUAUAAUAUAUCGUUUCCACAAUGUGGAUCCAUCGGGUGCCAAGUAAUAAAAUGAAUCUCCUAAACAUGGACGCGGAGAACCGCGUGGUCCUCAACGUGGGAGGGAUUCGCCACGAGACGUACAAGGCGACGCUGAAGAAGAUUCCGGCGACGCGGCUGUCGCGCCUGACGGAGGCGCUCGCCAACUACGACCCCGUGCUCAACGAGUACUUCUUCGAUAGGCAUCCUGGAGUCUUCGCGCAGGUUUUGAACUAUUACAGAACCGGCAAGCUCCAUUACCCUACGGACGUGUGCGGACCGCUGUUCGAGGAGGAGCUGGAGUUCUGGGGUCUGGACGCCAACCAGGUGGAACCCUGCUGCUGGAUGACAUACACCCAGCAUCGAGACACCCAAGAAACUCUAGCCGUCCUCGACCGGCUGGACCUCGACACGGAGAAGCCGACUGAUGAGGAGGUAGCUCGCAAGUUCGGCUUCGAGGAAGACUACAUGAAGGGCACGGUGUCGUGGUGGCAGCACCUCAAGCCACAGAUGUGGUCGCUCUUUGAUGAGCCCUACAGUUCUAAUGCUGCGAAGAUCAUCGGCGUCAUAUCAGUGUUCUUCAUAUGCGUAUCAAUAAUAUCGUUCUGUCUAAAAACUCACCCGGACAUGAGAGUGCCAGUGAUUAGAAACUAUACAGUGACGACAGCCAACCAAUCGCAAGGUUGGGCGUUGGACAAAGUGCAAACAAACGCCCAUAUAGCCUUCUUCUAUAUAGAAUGUGUGUGCAACGCGUGGUUUACCUUAGAAAUCCUCGUUCGUUUCAUCUCGUCACCCAACAAGUGUGAAUUCGUCAAAUCUUCCGUCAAUAUCAUCGAUUAUAUCGCCACAAUGAGCUUCUACAUCGACCUCAUCCUGCAGAAGUACGCGUCUCACGUCGAGAACGCGGACAUUUUGGAGUUCUUCUCCAUCAUCAGGAUUAUGAGGCUGUUCAAACUCACGAGACACUCCUCGGGUCUCAAAAUUUUGAUUCAGACCUUCAGGGCGUCGGCGAAGGAGCUGACUCUUCUAGUGUUCUUCCUUGUACUGGGUAUUGUGAUAUUCGCGAGCCUGGUGUACUACGCGGAGAGGAUACAGACGAAUCCUCACAACGACUUCAACAGCAUACCUCUGGGGCUGUGGUGGGCGCUGGUCACGAUGACCACUGUUGGGUAUGGUGAUAUGGCGCCGAAGACCUAUGUUGGCAUGUUUGUCGGUGCGCUCUGCGCGUUGGCAGGCGUGCUAACGAUAGCUCUUCCGGUGCCCGUCAUAGUAUCCAACUUCGCCAUGUACUACUCGCACACACAAGCGAGAGCCAAACUACCCAAGAAGAGGCGAAGAGUCAUCAACGUUGAGCCUACUAGGCCACCCAUGCGUGCCCCAGUACCAGGUGCUCCUAACCCCCUAGCACCAGGCAUGGGUCCUCAGGUAGUGAACCGCAGAAUGAAUGCCAUCAAAACGAACCAUCCUAAAGACAUGAUAGGCCCUAAUAUGGUUGCAACUUUGAUGCCGGGAAUGGACCUAUCGGUCACGACUCGCCUCUCACCCAGCCCCCAAGGGAUGAGCCCUGCGCUCGCCAUUGCCAUACCAAUGAUGAAAUCCGUGAACAUAGUACCCGCACAAUGUUUCGACAAUAUGGCCUAUCAUAGCGAAAAAUCAGAAGAUCAGGAGAAUGAUGACAACAAAGAAAACAGUAAAUCGUGCAGCCGUCAGGAGUCUGUUGAGAGUGAUAACACCGUCAGAGUUAUGAACUUCAAGAAUGAUAUAUUCAGAGACAAAGGUAAUGAAGAGAGGACGGAUGCUCGUACGCCACUGUUGAGGGAUCAUAAGAUUGAGUCAUUGGAUGAAACGAAAUUAAGGGACAAUAAGACGGAGAAAAGGAAAUCGUCUGCUUCGACAUAACAUUAUUGAUAUAUAUUGACCAAUAGUGCUAAGAAUGUUUUUAAAAGUCGCUUGCUAUAAAGAAUAAAAGAUAAAGGAAAUUCAUUCUUUUAGUAAAGAAUGUCUAAGAGAAUGAACCAAGAAGGAAAGAUUUGUCAGUGUCAUCAUCCGGAAGCGAAAAACCAGAAAAGUUAAGGAUAGAAAAUGGCAAGCCCAAAAGAAUAAUGAUAUUACAAAAGUAUUCUAAUUGGAAGACUUAAAAUACGAUUAAAAUAGACAAACUAGUCGGUGUCAGUUUAUAAUAGUUGCAUAAAAGCCUUUUUUGAAAGCAGUUACGAUUCUAUAUAAAAUUGAUAUAAAUAAUCAUGAUAUAGUCUUUUAUUCGUAAGUGCAUUCAGGGCCGUGAUAGACGUAAGAUAGCUAAGUGUUUACAGCACUUAUUAACAUUUUAUAACACAUACGUAUUUAGAAUAGCUGCUAUCACAAUCUAGUAAAAAAUAAUUGUAAGCCAACGACCAGUAUAGACAGGCCCAUUUUAUCUUUCUCCUACAUAAGCAAAGUGUUGACCUCGAGCCUCUAGUUAUACUGGUCGCGUAGUCAUCGUUAAUGACCAGAAAAUUCGUAAUCAUAGUGAAGUAUGUUUACUGUCCAUUAGUGAGAGAGGUGGAGCUUGUUUAGGUCUAAUAAAUACAAAUAUUAAACUUGAUUUCCUCAACAAGCAAAGUUUCCGUUUUAUAUAAACAAGAACAUGAAACUACAGCACAAUCCCUUAUAUUGUUUACUCCAAUUUUGGGUGAUUAACUAUCUGUAUUACGUAAAACUAUUUUCGAAAUAAAUGUUCAUUCUAUAUUCAGUUCAGAAUCAAAUCGAGCUUCACCUCUUCCAAAUAAGCUAACAAUAAUUUUAUUGUAAAUACUAGUAGCGUUAAUAAUUUUGUAUCUUUAACAGUUAAUAAUAAUCACUAGACAACACAUAUCAUUGGCACUUUCUUUCAUUCUUGGUGUUAUAUACCUGUUUUACAUGUAUAUAGAUAAAUAUAAAUAGCAUAAAUUAUUAAUAAGCGUAGAUAGUGUUAAAGAAAUUAUUUAACUUAACAAAAAAUACAGUAACACAGCUGAUAAUUUCUUUGGCGUUUUGAAAAUACAAAUGAAUACUAAGCUCGACGCUCAAGAAAACUUGAGAGUGCUAUCAUAGAAAACAGCGUUUAUACAAAGUUAGCCCUUUCAUUGCGACUUGUUAAAGAUGAAUAACGGUGUAAUCAUAGCCACGAUGAAAUAAAAUGAAGACUUGCCAUUAUAUCUGACCUCGUUUCUUGGUCUGAAAAUACGUUGGUUGGAGCAAUUCCACCGAGGCCUAAUACAGGCUUUCUCACUUUUUGUUAUUGAGUCUAAAGAUAUGCGUAUUCACACGACUACU